GCGGACGCUCCUCCAUGGAAACCAGCGACGCCGAAAGGUUUAUUUAUCCAGACUUUUGGCUCAAACUGUCCAGAAAGUGUCUCCCGGAGGACGAGUUUCAGCGUCACUACCUGGUAAUAAACCGCACGCGGUCCUGAAGACACUCUCUUCCGCGUGUUGUCCACGAGCUUUAAACAUUAGCUCGUCCGGAGGAGAAAACGAGGGAGAUGUCUGCUGGGACCCGGGAAGCCUGAGAGCCGUAUUGCUCUACGGGUGGCUCCGCUGGGAGACCUCUGCACCGGACUCCCUCUCACCAUGUGGAGAAGAGGCGGCCGGAGCUCCGCUCUGGACCGAGCUCAGGGGCUGCUGGCGGCCAGGAGGAGCGGCGGGGGGGCCGGAGGGGCCGGGGGCACACAGGGACACGGACAGGGACGUGAGCGAGGGCCUGUCCCCUCCAGACCUGCAGGCGCUUCCUUCUCGGACCUGAGCGAAGAGUCUUCCGUCAGUUUGGCUGCAGAGCUCCGACCUUUCAUGGUCGGGGAGGCCGGUGAAGCCGGGGAAGCCGGCGGAGCGGAGGAGGAUGCCCGGCCUCGGAGCUCUCUGGAAGGACGGAGCAGGUUCCUGAAGAAACCUCCACCCCCGACCAGCAGCAGCGGCGGCAGCCGGUCUCAGGCACCUCCGGAGCCCAGCAGGUGUGUGCCGUCCUCUCAGCGCUCGUCCCAGGCCGCCGUCCUCAGCAGACUGGCAUUAAUCGAGAGCCGCGUUCGAAUUCGCAAGCCGGACCAGGACCAGGACCAGGUCCAGGACCAGGACCAGGACCAGCGGGGAAUGAAUCCUGCCAGCGAGCUGACCUCUGACACCCCAGCAGCAGCAGCCACCCAAUCUCCAGUGACUCCCCAGCAGCCCAGUGGUGACCACAGACUGAAAGGAAGCCACUUCCUGAAGAGCAGAGCGGCUAAUGCAGGCGGAGCUGCUGCCGCUGACGGUCCAGACACCGGUGUCCGGUUGGGGAUGGCGGCGGGGCGGGCGAGGCGGGAGCCGGUGAAAGUGGUGAGCAGCGUGAGCCUGGAGAGCGACGAGGAGGACAUGAGGAGACUGCUGGGAGACCCGCUGGAUUCGCCAGACGACGGCUUGUCUCACCUGGGACGACGCUCUCCCGUCAAGCUGCAGGAUAAGACAUCCAGCAGGAGGGUUCGCUCUUCGCCUCCUCCGUCGUCUCCGUCCAUCGCAGCGUCUCCUCACCGCUCCGCCGAUUCUCCUCCUCGCCGCCAGGCGUCUCCGUUCCGCUUCACGGGCCAGGCUCAGGCCCGCUUCAGCCCCUCUGUGCCGUCUCCGCUCCCGUCGCCCCAUCCGGCGGGGAGGCCCGGGUCCUCCCGCUCCGCCUCCUCUGCGUCGGGCCACCGGGAGGCGCUCUCUCUGGAGGAGCUCUUCCCCGCCGGGCCCGACUCCAGCAGUGUGAGUUCGGUCUCCUCUGGAGAUUUCAUGAUCAAUGUGAAGUCUCUGGAUGAGCUGGUGCCUACCGCCUCUGGGUUCGCUGAGGAAACGCCCGGAAACGAAGCGAGACGUGAUGUCAAGCAGAGAGAAACCAAACCGACCAUCACAGCAACCACAGCCGGGCCGCAGCAGCUCCAGAGAGGGGAGGAGGAGGAGGAGGGGGGGCGCGACUAUCAGAGCGACUUUGAGAGCGAGAGUCCGUCGGAUCAGAGCGCCAGCCAGGUGUCCGAGGACGUGCCGGGCGGCGGAGACCAGCAGGAGGCGGAGUCAGAGGUCAGAAGCGAGGAGUCGGACUCCUCCCUCGGCAAGACGCUGGACGACUGUCCCAGCACGCUCUCACAUGGCAGCCGGACGGCGUCCAGCAGGACCAGGAGCCCCGAGUCCUGGACCGGCAGCCGGACGGCGUCCAGCAAGAGCCGGGACUCCGAGUCCUGGACCGGCAGCCGGACUGGGGCUGGACGCGCGAGGAGGGCCGCUGUGGCCAGCAGGGCUGUGAGAGAAGCAGCGGUGCAGACCCACCCUGAUCCUCUGGCACACACCUGGUGGUCUGGCGUAGCUGCUCCAACCUACCUGGACGCCUCGCCGCUGCUCGCUCACACCCUGAGAGCAGAAAGGGUGGAAGCCCUCGCCCCCCUCCGUCCGGCUGUGCUCACCGUCGGUGAGGUGGUGCGGCAGCAGCUGGAGGCCUUGACUCGCUCCGUCCAGCUCAGCCGGCUGCAGCACUCCCGGCUGCUGCAGAGUCUGGAGCCUCCAGACUACAGGUACACCACGCUGGAGGACACGCUGCAGAUGAUGAAGAAGCGGCGAGCUCCCAGACCGAGCAUGGAGGCGGCGCCGGCGGAGAUGAGGGACUGCCACUGCACGUGACGGCACGCCGCCCUGCCUCUCUGCCAGGACGUCAGUCUGAAGCUGGAGCGCUCGCAGGGAAACCUGUCUCCUGACAGCAGGAUCAGUGAUACACUUUGAAGUGCUGAAGUGAUAAUGCUGUAAAACAGUUCACUCUGCCUCUGCCUCUCUCUCGUGGUCAUAUUCCUCCACCUAGUGGCGCUUUUGUGUCUCUGCAGUUUGAUGUUCCGACACCAAAUGAAAAUUCUAUCAGUUAUUCUCACUUCUUCAUAAAGUUCUGCUCUUUGUUUUUUCACUUCAGCAGCCAGUGGCCUCGCUCUUUUAUGAGGAGCAGCCUGAAUCCAGCUGUUCAGGAGUUUAUGUUGUAAAAGUGUUUUUUUCUUCUUUUGAUACAA